ACCAUCAAUAUAUCAUUCAACAAUUACACCUACAUAUCUUAUCUAGACCAAUCUCAACAAACUCUCAGUAAAAACAUCUACAUCAUCCCAAAUAUCAAAAAUGGAGAAUCUUCCCAAGGAACAAUGGGCGCAAGUAGUUGAAGCAACUGGCAAACCCGUCGUCUACAAAAGAAUCCCUGUCCAAAAGCCCGGUCCUGACGAAGUCCUCGUAAACAUAAAAUUUUCCGGUGUAUGUCACACUGAUUUACACGCCGUAAAUGGCGACUGGCCAUUAGACACAAAGCUUCCACUUGUGGGAGGACAUGAGGGAGCUGGCAUCGUCGUUGCCGUUGGUAGUCUUGUUGAGGAUGUGAAGGUUGGUGAUCAUGCUGGUGUUAAGUGGUUAAAUGGAAGUUGCCUCGCCUGUGAUUUCUGUCAACAAUCCGACGAACCACUCUGCGCCAAAGCCCUCCUCUCAGGAUACACAGUCGAUGGAACAUUUCAAGAAUACUGCAUCGCAAAGGCCGCACAUGUUGCGCGUAUUCCAAAGGAAUGCGAUCUCGAAGCCAUUGCUCCCGUUCUUUGCGCUGGUAUAACCGUCUACAAAGGCCUUAAAGAAUCCGGAGUUCGCCCAGGUCAAACUGUAGCAAUUGUUGGUGCUGGAGGCGGCUUAGGCUCACUUGCUUGUCACAAUCUGGUCAACGAUGUCAAGGCUUGCACACGCGAUGGACUGGGACCUCAUGCUGUGAUUUUGGUUGCGGUCAAUGAGAAGCCAUUCCAGCAAGCUGCGGAGUAUGUUCGACCUCGUGGUACUGUCGUUGCUAUCGGUCUCCCAGCCGGUGCUUAUCUUCGUGCGCCUGUUUUCGAGUCAGUUGUCAAGAUGAUUACUAUUAAGGGAUCGUACGUUGGCAACCGACAAGAUUCUGCUGAGGCCAUUGAGUUCUUCAGACGUGGUCUUAUUAAGGCUCCAUAUAAGACAUGCGGUUUGAGCGAGUUGCAGAAAGUCUAUGACUUGAUGCACGAGGGCAAGAUUGCUGGAAGAUAUGUAGUUGAUACCAGCAAAUGA